GUGGAGGAAACAACGAUGAGAGAGUAGCAUGCACAGACAAUUAAUGUAGUCAAAUGGCGCCUGUCAAAAGGAAAUUAUAUCAGCGGUUACUGUUCUUUGUCGCUUUUCUUCCAAUCUCAGGUGUUUUAUGCUUUAGCGAGUUAUUUUUCAUCAAGGAGCCCCAUGAUGUCACUGUCAUGCGGAGAGAAGCUGUUAUUUUGGACUGUCAGGCACAUGGAGAGUCACCCAUCGACGUCAGAUGGCUCAAGAAUGGAGUAAAAGUGGUGGAGAACGAACGGGUGUACCAUCUCUCCAAUGGCUCCCUUUAUAUUUCAGAGGUGGAGAGCAGAAGAGGAGACAAAUCAGACGAAGGGCUCUAUCAGUGCCUUGCUCAGAACAAGUAUGGUGCAAUCCUGAGCCAGAAAGCCCGUCUCACAAUCGCAAGUAUUUACGCUUUUGCAAUCCAGCCAACGUCUAUAGUGGUGACUGAAGGCUCAGUUGCCCGGUUUUCCUGCAAAAUCAGUGCACACCCUCCUUCCAUGAUCACCUGGGAGUUCAAUCGGGUCACGUUACCCCUUGCCACUGAAAGAAUCACAGUCCUGCCCAGUGGUGUUCUCCAGAUCCACGGGGUGCAGCGGGCAGAUGCUGGAAAUUACCGCUGCAUCUCCACCAACAUUGCCAGCCGCCGCCGAAGCACAGAGGCCACCCUCACUGUAACCCCAGCUUCCAGGCCCAAGCUUCCCCAGAGGCCACGCAUCAUUGCUGGGCCGCAGAACAUUUCAGUGUCGCUGCAUCAGAGUGCCAUCCUAGAGUGCAUGGCCACAGGCAAUCCCAGACCCAUCAUUUCCUGGAGCCGAGCAGACAGCAAGUCUAUUGAUGUUUACAACACCAAAGUGUUGGGAAGCGGCAACCUCAUCAUCACAGACAUCAAGCCCCAGCAUGGAGGAGUCUAUAUGUGCAGAGCCACCACUCCUGGCACGCGAAACUAUACAGUGGCUUCAGCCAAUAUCACUGUGUUAGCACCACCUUCCUUGGUCGAGUGGCCGGAGAGCCUGACCCGUCCCCGUGCCGGUACCGCCCGCUUUGUGUGUCAAGCUGUAGGAUUUCCAACGCCUCAAAUCACUUGGCUCAAGAACGGAGAGAAAGUUCACUCCAAUGGUCGAAUCAAGAUGUAUAACAGCAAACUGGUCAUCAACCAGAUCAUCCCUGAGGACGAUGCCAUUUAUCAGUGCCAGGCAGAGAACGAGCUGGGAUCGGUCCUCUCCAUGGCAAGGCUCAUCGUGGUGAUGUCUGAGGAUCGGCCGAGUGCUCCCAGGAAUAUCCAAGCUGACACCGUGUCGAGCUCCGCCAUCCUUCUGGCUUGGGAAAGGCCUCAGUAUAACUCAGAUAAAGUUAUUGCUUACUCGGUGCACUACAUGAAGGCUGAAGGAUUAAACAACGAAGAAUAUCAAGUUGUCAUUGGAAACGAUACAACUCGCUACAUUAUUGAUGACCUGGAGCCGGCUCGUAACUACACCUUCUACGUGGUGGCCUACAUGCCCAUGGGAGCCAGUCGUAUGUCGGACAACGUGUUCCAGCACACGCUCGAGGAUGUUCCGCUCCGUGCCCCUGAGCUCAGCCUCACCAGUCGCAGUCCCAUGGACAUCCAAGUAUCUUGGCAGCCCCUUCCAGACAAGCUGAGUCGUGGCCGAGUCUCCGCCUACCGUUUGUCAUAUCGCACCACUACUGAGAAUACAGUUUCACCGAUAGAGCUCCCUGGAGACAAGACCCAGCAUCUCCUGAAAAACCUGCAGCCUGACACCAUCUACCUGCUGCGUAUUGUUGCUGCCACCAGCGUUGGGUGGGGAGAGCAGUCUGUCUGGACGUCCCACCGCACUCCGAAGACAUCUAGUGCUCGAGUUCCUAUGGCUCCAGAGCUGCAUUUGGAGCCUUUAAACUGCACCACCAUCGUGGCGCGUUGGCAGCUCGCACCCAGGAACUCAGCCAGUGUUCAAGGCUACAGACUCUUCUACCAUGAGGAGAGCCAAUCAGAGAGGGCCCCGGUUCAACUGCGUGCCUUGGAUAAUACGUACACCUUCGGAGGGCUUGACCCAAGGAAGAAGUACCACGUUAAACUGCUGGCUUAUAAUUUUGUGGGAGAUGGCUACCAGGCUGACCAGACUAUCAGCACUCCUGGAUGUGUCUCUGUUAGAGAUCGCCUCGUGCCCCCUCCACCUCCUCCUCAUAACGUGUACACCAAGACUAACAGUUCGACCGCGGUGUUUCUGCGCUGGGGUCGACCUGCCUUCACCUCCAGCCAUGCGGUCAACUACACUGUCCGCUGCAACCCAGUGGACCUGCAGAACGCCUCCCUGGUGCUCUACCUGCAGACGAGUGAGCAGAGCCUCCUGGUGCGAGAUCUGGAGCCUAACACCAAGUAUGAAUUUGCCAUUCGCCUUCACAUUGACCAGCUGUCCAGCCCCUGGAGCCCUGUGGUCUAUCAGAGCACUUUCCCCGAUGCUCCCACUCUGCCCCCUUCCAAUGUGAAAGUGACUCUGAUUGAAGAGGACACAGCGCUGGUUUCAUGGAAACCCCCAGAUGAACCCAACGUAGCUGUGACACAUUACACCAUCCUGUAUGCCUCCAGAAACGCCUGGAUAGCUGGGGAAUGGCUAGUGCUGCAAAGAGAAGGAACCAUCACCAUGUCACUGCUGGAGAAGCUAAAGCCUGGCCAGAUUUACUUUGUGAAAGUUUCUGCAUCCAACCACAUGGGUGAUGGGCCGUUUUCUCAUACGAUGGAGCUGACAGUCCAAGCAGAUUUCUCCUCUGGUCAUGAUCCCCGGCUCUCUGGAGGCUCCACCCGCUCCACAGGCUUUUCUGAUGGCUUCUACCACCUGGACCAAAAGUCAAUGACAGGGAUCACUGUUGGAGUCUGCAUCGCUCUCAUCUGCAUCAUCAUCUGCGCUUUCAUCAUCGUCUGCAGAGGGAAAAACAGGAAAUUGUCAGCUGUUAAAACGUACGGAGAAGGAGUGAACACAUCUGCCUCGGCUGCAGGACAUCUGAGCUCUGAGGGACAAGCUGAACAUGCUGAUGUGAGCGUCCCGAUGAUGAGCCAAAACAAUUUCAUUGAUGCCAAGGGUGGAACAAAUCUCAUUAUAAAUUCUCUCGGCCCUGUUCAGUCCAGCACUGAGAAGAAAGAGAAAUGGUUUUCCUUCAGCAGUAAUGUGAAAAAGGACAGCAAAGCAGUGCAGAAUAUGAGACACAGCUCCGCCUCCUACCAUCCCGGGACCACAGUGUUGACCUAUGAAGAGGAGCUUUCGAUGUCUCCAGACCAGCCCACCACCCUGCAGGCCCUGCUCUGGCGUCCCGGUGACUCGGAGGGCUCCUCCAACAGUGAGGGCAGCCACGCAACCGGUGAUUCGGGUCGUUACUCUCACGACGAGACAGAGAUGACCAACCUUUCGUCUGGAACCAGCAGCCGCCCUCCGUCUCUGAUGGCGGAGGACAGCGGAGGUUCGGAAUGCAGCGCCCCCCCUGAAGAGUCAGGAGAGCUGAUGGAGGAAAGUCACACUGACCUUAAGUUAAUGGAGUCUGUGGAGAACACCUGCUGUCGUCAUGAAGAGCAGAGCAGUUCUGAGUCUGCACUUUCUCUCCAAGUGUGUGUGCCUGAGUGUGUGUGAGACUGUGUGUGCGUGUGUGCUUGUGUGUGUGUGUGCUUGUGUGCGUGUGCUUGCUUGUGUGUGUGAAGGCAGUGGUACACUUGCAAAAAAGUCAAACUGCACUAAAAUAGCAAAACAGCUGAGAAGAUCACCUCAUAGAAAUGUCUGUGUGCUCACUGCAGCUUCAUAUUUUUUUGAUUUUUACACUCAAUUAUUCAUCUUCUGGCGAGACUUUGAUGAGAAGAUUGAGACCACUUGGAUAGAAGAGUGGUUUCAAUCUUUUCAUCUAACACGUUCUUGUCUACUCUACUCUAGCGUGUUUCCCAAAAUGUCUAACUGAUCCUUUAACUAUGUAGCAGCCAACAACGGAAGCAAUUCAUUUAAAAAUUCUAAAAUUCAUCCACGUUAACCUCCUGCAGUUAUUUUUGCGUUGUAAGUGUACCACAGGCCUGAAUGUAAGUAUGAGAGAAAGCUGGAAAGAAACAAGGAAAGAAACCUUUUUUCAACCUUUAUCCUGGGCCAACACACAAUGAACAGAAAGCCGACAAAUGCCUUUUACAGUAUAAAAUAUUGGCAGGGAGGGGUCAUUUGAUUUCUUUUACUUAUUUCUUUUUCAUUCAAUGAAUGUCUUUUUCUUUUUUUCUUUAUUUGUCUGUGUAUGUUUUUGAAAAUCUCACCCACCAUGAAUGUUUAAAAAGACUCAAAAAAUGUGACAAAAAGUGACGUUUCUGACAUUAUUUAAGAGAGUUUAUCACUGGAGUGAAAGGGAAGUGUGAGUCCUUUUCACUUAUUAUCUACCUCGGUUUACCUCCGGGUAACCUUCCACUGUAUAUUUAAUAACUACUUAUACCUACGGUUUGUGAUGGGCUGCCUCAGUUUCAUUACAUUUUAUACUUCCUGAUGACUUGUCUUCCGAUUGUCAUCCAAUUUUGUCCUUUUCUCUUACUUUGUCCUGAUUUUACUGGAUGGUAAGGGCGCUGCAGCUCUGUCCUCUCGCUCCACCUGUUGUGAAGGAUGGGAAACAUACAGUUUGUUAUUUAUCUCCUCAGAUGUAGCUGAGGUACUGAGCCAGUAUUAAGUGUUUUUUGAUCAUUUUGUCCAUUGUUGAGUAAUGGUGUGAAAAGAUAAUGAAUGUCUGCUUUUGUUUUGUAUGUCAGUGUGCAGCUGCCCUUGCUAUUCCUGUUUUAUACUACCUCGAUUAAGAAUUUCUUUUAUUGUCUUAUUGUUUUCCUAAACUCAGGGAACAAAGUUUAGAACACUUGAAAAGUCAUGUAGUGUUACAUGCUUAACUGACAGGGUAUCUUCUCAGUACUAAACAGUUGUAGAGUGUAAUAGAGCCUAAUAGAAUGAAUGUAUCUGCCCUCCCCACAGAUGAAACCCCCCUCUGUAGUUUCUCCUCAGGUCCUAUAACGUCUGUUUUUUACAACAGACUCUUUUGUUAUUGACUUCUUCCUUUUUCUUCGUGUAAAGAUUCACACCAGCAGUGCUUGCAGUGGCGUGUCGGUACAGAAAAGCUUUAUAAUUGGCCUUAAUGUGGGAAAGCAUCCCUCAGAUGUGGAAACCAAAGCCUAAUCUUUCUGAGGGAAAAGCUCCACGUGAGGAUGCAAAAUGUGGAGAAUGAUUGUAGUAAAAGCAAUGGAAGUGUUUAAUCAGAGAUGAAAAUGAAGAUUUGAAUGGACACCAUAGAACUAUAUUUUUGUUAGAAGAGAUAGUACUGAGUACACAUUCUAGUUACCUGAAAGUAGUUUUUUUUGUUUUGUUGGAGAGUAGAUAAAGAGUAGCACUUGUUUGCCAAGUAGUUUUGUAUUAUCUGCCAAUGUGCAGCGGUGACUGUGAUGCUAUUAACCAAAGAGUUGUUUGCUCCCUGAGUUUAUUUUAGUCUCUCAACUAAUCUCCGGCAGAAGGUUACUGAGGAAUGUGAAAUAAUCAAAACACGUUAGACCAAAGAUGAAACGCGGCCUUUGAGAUCAGUUGAGCUCCUCAAACGAAGCCUUGCACGUUAGUGGCUUUGACCCGCGGCAAAAAGAAUAAAGAGAGUUGCGGGUUAAAACUCUGAGGAAGUGCCAGCAGGAUAAACAGGCACUUAAUGAUGAUAGAGUGACAAAAAAAUAAUCAACGUUAUGCACACGAAUCAAAUUAUUCUGUCGCAGAGUGCCUCGAAAACUGUUGCAAACAGAUGUCUGUAAAUUGUAGGUGAAAAUUAUUAAAUACAGUAUAUUAUAUUGAGUCGUGUCUGUGUUGCAACAGUGCAGUCCUGUGAAAACGAGCACCCACUGAUUUUUCACCUGAGUGAAACAUAAUUUACAAAAUGAUUUAAAAAGUUUGUAUCUGGGAGAUUUCCUCACGUAGUAGAUCCGUUUUAAACAAGAAAAACAACGAGUAUUUAAAUGUCAUGCCUUUUAUACAGAUAAUUUGAAGAUCUCACAUUUGUUUUCAAUUAUCAUAAAGAUUGUAGAAAGGUCAGUGAGUACUCAAAUGUUUUGACAUAUCUGUAUUUUUAAUCAGAGGAUUCUGCGGAGGAUUCAAUCAUGGAAAACUUUCGGGAUGAAAAGUGACACAAUCAGCUUAACUUUCUUUUAAAAAGCAAACAAUGUAAACCAAAUAUUAUUUUAAGAGGUCACCGUUGCAUAUUGGCAUACUGACAGAGGUCCGUUAAAAAGAAUCCUAUCUUUGUGUGAAAUGUUUUGUCAUUUUCAGUGUUCUCAUAUUACUGUUUAAUAUGUUGUUCUAAGAGAAAGCAGGAUGAAAGCUGUUUCUUCAUCAUUUAUUUCCACUAAAUCAAGUUUUCCUCUUUUAAAAAAACAAAUCUGUUGUCUUUCAAGAUAAAAUGGAUUUUUUUAUACAGUGGAGUCAUGAUUUUCCUUACAAAGUAAAAGAAGGAUAUACGUUUCCAUUUUAACUUGAUCCAUAAUGUGUUCAUAUAUCCUGUAUUGUAUCCAGAAUAUGAAAACAGCUCUUGUGCUUAUUAUCUGACCCCAAAAUGUUCAAGUGAUGCUGUGAAGCUGUGAUAAGAUACUGACCUUUAACUACACACACACAUACACACACAGCUGCUGGAGCCAUACAUGUUCUGAAUUGGGCCUUUUUUAGUUCAUACAUAACACAUAAGUGCUACCUCAGGUUUUUAUUUUUUCAUGUUCCUGUUAAAGGUGCAGAUUAAAUUUACUUGGGUCAUUAAUAUCUGAUUGAGGUCAAGAUCCUCAAACAAAUGUCCCGAGAUGUUGGUCUGUUGUCUUUCAUCUCAUGAAUGGUGUUAUGUUGUCCAAACGUGCAAAUUUAAAGGGAUGAAACACAGAAUCUUGUUGUCCCUUUUUGCAGUACUGUUGUGUUUUGAUAAUGAGGUGGAGCGCUGCGGGUCAUUUUUAGUCAAACUCAGGGAAACCCACAACUGCUCCUCCUCAGUCAGAAAGCAGGUUUAAGUCUUGAAAAUUGAAUGUACCUUUUUGUAAUUAUUAUGUUUUCUGUUAAUGUUUUGUUAUAUUUUGUCUUUGUCAGCAAAGUCACCUGCAAGUUAUUUCUUGUCAAAAAAAAAGGUUUAGUUAGGAUAUUUUAGACAUUGGUUAAUUAUGAAAAAGUCUGAUUCUCAAAUUAAAUAAAAG